AUAAGAAGUAACAGCGCAAAAACUGAGAGUGGGAAGCGAGCAAGUUACUACAGCAGUCAGAUAACCCACUUGUUGAUGUUCUACAUGGUGCCAUGGACAGUGACUGCCUAAGCUUGCUUCCAUCUGUCUGUGAAGUUCUGACAAAUCCUAAUUUUGUGCUACAUGAUGAUGUCUCUCUUGAUAAACUUCUUGAUUGGUUUAAAGAAAUGUUGAGCCAGAAUGAUGGGCAGCAUCAGCCAUGUCUCUUGCACUUCCUACACAGUGUGACAAAAUCUCAAGCAAUAGAUCCUACUGUCUUUUCAUUCUCACUCAAACUUGCUGGGCUUUUGGCAGGUAAAGAGCACAGUUAUACUUUGCUAAAGGAGAAAGGAUUAUUGACGUGUAUAUUUAAGCCUGAUACUUGGUGUAAACUCGAGCUUUGGAAAAAUGCUUCAGUGCGCCAUGGGUGGUUACAGGGACUGUUUAAUUUGCUGCAGCACCAACAAGCUGUGGACUUCUUCUUUAAGAAUGGGCUCAUCAGGUUGGUUCUUCAUCUGCAACAUGACAAAAGCCUUUUUAUUGCCUCUUUGACCUGUCAGGUUGUGGCACAAAUUUUAAACUUCACAGUUCCCCCAGUUUUGAGCAACAGUGUUGAGAGUUCUGUCAGUAGUGAAUUUGGCUUAGUUACAACUGAAUUUGUUAACCAUCUUACUCCAUCAUUAAGCUCAGAGGAACCAACUGUUGUCCUCCAAGCCUUAAAGUCUCUAGCCCUAGUUCUCAGUAAGUGUAAAGAACCUCCAAAGAGAAUGCUUUGGAAACAUGUUGUGGAACCUUUGGAGGUACUGGCAAAUGGAAAGGAUGACUCAUUAACACAGUCCAUUAUGGCAGUUCUUCAAGCUGCUGCAGGGAGUCCAAUUUUAAUGCAACAAGAAUAUAGGGUGGAGACUAUAAUGGACAUCUUGUUAUAUGCAAGAAAUGUGAAAAAAUCUGUGCAUUGUGCCAGACUAAUCUUGCUAAUGGAGAACUGCCCUGAAGUUUUAAAAACGAAAGCAAUUGAUGUCAUCAUCCUUCCUCUCAUGUGUGCCACUGAAUCCCCUAUGCAGCUUCAUGUUACAGAGAAACUACUUGAGCAUAAAGCACACUUGGCGAACCAGCUUGUCCAGAAAGCAACUUGUGUCUUUUUGCUCAUUCAAAGUCUGACCGGCAUAGAAGAACUGAUACGCAUGAAAUCAUUAGGCAACACUUACAUUCAACUGAUUUCUGCUUCUGUGAUAUUGCUUCUGAAAAUAUGCAUUCAUCACCCCUUCGCUUUACAUCCAACCACAUCCUUUCCUCAUCUUACUGGAUGUUGCAAUGUUCAAAAGUGCAGUCUGGAUGUAUUAGCCAGUCUUCCUGGUUAUGAAGAGAGCAUCAACUUUUUCCAGGAGGCUUUCGCUGUUCUUUUGCAAUAUCUGCAAUGUCCUGAUUUACAUGCUACGGUUUUAAAGAAAGCACAUCAGGCCGCUCUUAAAUGGCUCAGCAUUUGUUUGCCUUCACCUGCUUUGUGGAAGACAAUCAAACAUGACCUUUUCCCUUUAUUAAAGAAACAUGUUUGCGACGUACGAUGGGAAGUAAGAGACUCUACUCUAGAGUUUAUUACACAGCUCACUGCUACACUUAAAGGCAAUAGACACUAUGUAGAAGUCUUUCAUAGUACUGACAUGGCUUCAGUGCUGUUUACCUCGUUGUCAGACACCGAGGGUUACGUCCAAGCAAGUGCAGUGGCUGCUCUUGGAGAAGCAGCAACAGUCUGUAACAACCUGCAGGAGAAAGUGGUGACAUGUUUGUUGACUAUUCUCUCAGAAGAAACAGAGAGUUUUCCACGACGUGCAGCAAUGAAGGUCUUUGUAUUAUUUGUAAAAAGCUCCAACAAUUUUACUGCCUCUGACAAAUUCUUGAGCUCAGUGUUGUUACUUGGUGGAAAUGACUUUGACUGGGAGGUGAAAGUGUACACACUGGAGUUAGCAGAUGUGUUGUUUGAAAGAUUGUUAAAUCACUGUCCAUAUAUGCAGAAAAUCUAUGGAAUCUCAGAAGGAACCUGUGCAAUGCAAGAGCUUAAGAAGCUAAAGGAUUUAGGACUGUUUGAUUUUCUGUUGAAAUCUUUAUUUGAUUGUGACAGACCUGUUGCCCAGAAAGCCUGUGCCAUCUUACUUAAGAUAAGAACCUUGAUAAAGGAAAAAUCUGCUGACCACCAUGCUCUAACUCUUGAAGUGUACAGGCACAGUUGGAGUAAGGAAUUUCUUUAUAGGUGCAAAAAACAGCAGAACACAGAACCCAAUUGUGUGGACUAUGAAGACAAAUUCUUUUACAAGCAAACUGACACUGAAGUCAACAAUCUUUGUUUGCCAAAAGAGAUGGAUGUGUUUAAGAUAUUGGAAUUAUUAGACCUUGAGGAGUGGCAACAUACUUUACUACUAAGUAGUGAUCAUGUGAUCAAUUCAGCUCAGUCUCUAAUGGAAGACAUUUUAUUUGUGGCAAAACGGAGUGAAGAAAAUGUUGUUGACUGCUAUUAAAAACAAACUUUAAAUAGUGGUAACACAUCAUAAGCUGACUAUGGCAAUACUUUGAUUAUAAUUAUACUGUCAUUAAAACAUUUUUGUGUAUUCUAGAGCAUGGAAAGAGCAAGCAUAUUUGUAAUGAGUUACAUUAAAUGUUAUGAACAUGCCAAAUCUUGUAUUAUGGCAAAUUAAUUACAAUGAUAUAAAGCUACUGUAUUUAAAGCUUUAAUAUAGUUUGGAUGUACUUUGUGUUUAGGAUUGAUUCUAAGAUAUUGUUGGUUUUUAAGGCCUUGAAUAGGAUGGCAUCAUCAUACAUUGCAGAACUUUUGCAAGUUUGGAUUCCCCCUAGGUCUAGUAACCUAAUGCUUUUGGAAACACCAAGGUCUAAGCUAAAGAGCAGAGGUGAUUGAGCCUUUGCAAUAGCUGAUUUAUUUUUAUAAAACAACUUCCCUUCCCAGAUUAGGACUGCACAGUUGCUUGGUGUUUUUAGGACUAUCUUGAUUACAUCUUUUUAAUUUGCCGUUUAAUUCUAGUUGAGCGGUGUAGCGAUUGCAAUUAAUAGUGUUAAUAUGUAGAAUAUUGUUGAAUGUCCUAAUAAAAUAUACAA